GAAACGUUAUCUGAUUCCCACCCCCACCUCCAUUGAAUCCAAAACAAGGAAGAAACUAUUCCUUCAUUUACUGCACGCACGCUGUAUUAUAUACUACUUUAACGGUGACUGCAGGGAUCGGCAAGGUAGCUAGCUAGCAGCUUAAUUACCAAAAUAAAAAACCUUAUAUACCCGCCUUCGCCGCGUACUGAUCGUUGUUUCUGUGAAUUAAUUGAUGAGCGAGCUGCUAUGGCUGAUUCAUUUCCAACUAGAAGAGCUAGCUAGCUACUCUUGAAGUCUAAUUCCUUACCACUGUUGCUGAUCUGAACCGUGAUUUAUCAAGAUCAGAAGUCUAAAUAUGGAAAAACCAAAGACAAACUCUUCUACGGUUGAUCAACCGCGGAGAUCAAUAGAGGUUUACGAUCCUCAUAAUAUUAAUAAUGUUACAAGUGAUGGCAGUGGAUCAAUAGAGGUCCAUGCAGUGGAAGAGGGAUCGGGAUCAAUAUCUCCAACUCCAACUAUCAAAUCUACUUCCGGUAGCAGCAGAGAGCCUGUGAACAAGUGGAUGGCAUUUGAAAGAAAGUCCAAGAUCACCUCCGAUCAUGAUGACGAUGCCAUUUCAGAUGAAUUGAAUGUGUGUGGGAGCAGUAAUAGGGUUAAAGCUGGAAAAGAUGAUGAUCACGGAACCUCAUCUAAUCAUAAUAAUUCUUCUUCUAACCGACAACCCUCCUCCUCCUUCUCUUCGAAUAAAAUACUAACCGAAGCUAGCAUUGCAGCAAGGACUGCAGAAUGGGGAUUGGUUGUGAGGUCAGAUGUAAGAGAAGGUAGUUUCAAAUCUACAGCAAUCAGAUCAGAACAACUGGAAGAUGAUGGAGGAGAUACAAGCAAAAAAAACUCGUUUUUGGUGGAUUCGACGAGAACAUCAGAGGAAGACGGAGCAGGAGGAGUCUUUCCAAGGGUAUCCCAAGAGCUGAAGGAUGCUCUGGCAACAUUGCAGCAAACGUUUGUGGUCUCUGAUGCCACCAAACCAGACUGCCCUAUCAUGUAUGCAAGCGGUGGUUUUUUUACCAUGACCGGCUAUUCGUCAAAGGAAGUUAUUGGAAGGAACUGCCGGUUUCUGCAGGGAGCGGAUACGGACCGGAAUGAAGUGGCGAAGAUACGAGAUGCCGUCAAGAAUGGGACAAGUUACUGUGGGAGGCUUCUCAACUACAAGAAGAAUGGCACUCCUUUCUGGAAUCUUCUCACCGUCACCCCUAUCAAGGAUGAUCGUGGUAACGCUAUCAAAUUCAUCGGAAUGCAGGUGGAGGUCAGCAAAUAUACGGAAGGUGUUGACGACAAGGCUUUUCGUCCAAAUGGAUUGCCCAAGUCAUUAAUCCGCUAUGAUGCUCGUCAGAAGGCUAAGGCUUUGGAUUCCAUUACUGAAGCUGUCCAAACUCUCAAGCAUCCCAAAUCUCCCUCUCGCACUGCGAGUCAUGACACUUCUGACCACCUCGAUUAUCUUCUACCUAAAUCCGUCGAUUUUGACAGCUUCACCCUCCCUAGUAGACUCACUCCAAGCAAUGUCUCUCAAUCCCCCACUGCCAAGAACUCCAGAAAAUCACCUCGCAUUCCCUUGAUGGGGCUCAAAUCUAAGUCUAUAAUUUCCGCGGUAAAGCAUGAAGAACCACCAGCUAUCGAGCCUGAGAUUUUGACGACUAAAGACAUUGAACUCUCUGACAGCUGGGACCGUGCUGAAUGGGAAAGGGACAUCCGCCAAGGAUUUCAUUUAGCUACCACAUUGGAACGCAUUGAAAAUAAUUUUGUGAUCACAGAUCCUAGACUUCCUGAUAACCCUAUUACAUUUGCUUCUGAUGGCUUUCUUGAACUAACAGAAUACACUCGAGAAGAAAUUUUGGGAAGGAACUGUCGAUUUCUUCAAGGACCUGAAACAGAUCAAUCAACUGUCUCAAAGAUAAGAGAUGCCAUCAGAGAACAAAGAGAAAUCACUGUUCAAUUGAUCAACUACACCAAGAGUGGAAAGAAAUUCUGGAACUUAUUUCACUUGCAGCCUAUGCGUGACCAAAAGGGUGAACUUCAAUACUUCAUUGGUGUUCAACUGGAUGGAAGUGAUCAUGUGGAACCCCUGCGAAACCGCCUCUCAGAGGCAACAGAACAACAAAGUGCUAAGUUGGUUAAAGCUACUGCAGAAAAUGUGGAUGAAGCUGUUCGAGAACUUCCUGAUGCCAACUUGAGACCCGAAGAUUUGUGGGCAAUUCAUUCCCAGACUGUCUUUCCACGACCUCACAAAAAGGAUAGUCCUUCUUGGACUGCAAUACAAAAGAUCACUUCUCGUGGUGAAGAAAUUGGGCUACAUCAUUUCAAGCCCAUAAAACCCUUGGGCUGUGGUGAUACUGGCAGUGUGCAUUUAGUGGAACUUCAAGGUUCAGGGGAGCUGUAUGCUAUGAAGGCAAUUGAAAAAUCUACGAUGCUAAACCCUAACAAGGUUCAUCGAGCAUGUAUUGAGAGGGAAAUCAUUUCGCACUUGGAUCAUCCUUUUCUUCCAACACUGUAUACUUCUUUUCAGACUUCUAGACAUGUUUUCCUGAUAACGGACUUUUUUCCUGGUGGGGAGUUAUUUGCAUUGCUUGACAAGCAACCCAUGAAUUUAUUCAAGGAGGAAUCUGCAAGGUUCUAUGCUGCGGAGGUUGUGAUUGGCUUGGAAUAUCUUCAUUGUUUAGGAAUGGUUUACCGUGACUUGAAGCCUGAAAAUAUUCUACUUCAGAAGGAUGGACAUAUUGUUUUGAGUGACUUCGAUUUGUCAUUUUUGACAUCCUGUAAACCACAAAUUAUAAAGCGUGCACCACCUAAUAAGAGAAGAAGAUCAAGGAGCCAACCACCACCAACAUUUGUUGCGGAACCAGUAACACAAUCAAAUUCUUUUGUUGGGACUGAAGAAUAUAUUGCUCCUGAAAUAAUCACAGGCAUGGGCCACGGCAGUGCAAUUGACUGGUGGGCUCUUGGUGUUUUGUUGUAUGAAAUGCUAUAUGGUCGUACACCUUUCAGGGGAAAGAACAGGCAAAAGACAUUUGCCAAUAUUUUGCACAAAGAUCUCACCUUCCCAAGCAGCAUCCCUGUUAGUCUUCCUGCCAGACAAUUGAUUAAUGCAUUGCUGAACAGAGACCCUGCCAUUCGAUUAGGAUCAAAAACUGGUGCUAAUGAAAUCAAACAACAUCCUUUUUUCCGUGGAAUUAAUUGGCCUCUCAUACGCUGCAUGAACCCACCACUGUUGGAUGCGCCUCUGCAAUUAAUCAGUAAAGAUCCAAAGGCCAAGGAUGUUACAUGGGAAGAUGGUGGUGUGCCUGUACACUCUAUGGGCCUAGAGAUUUUUUAAAGGUUGAAGCAAACUAUUGUUAUCAAUUCAGAGCAGAAGUAAUUCUCUCUACUGCCAAUUCAUGGAACCUUUUUUGUGCCAUCAAAUGGAGAUAUCCAUCCACACAUUGAAAUGCCUUUGUCCAGUUUAUGCAGCUGUUGAAAAUUGCUUUCUUAUGCAGGUCUUGCAUUGCAGACCUCACAGAGUGGUGCUUUAAUAUACAUACUGGGAUUUUCUCUCAUAUUUGUUCAUUCUUGGGAGUCAAUUGUGCAGGAGAACAACUUUGUAAAUGAGAUUUUGUGGAGGUGGUCCUCUCUGUCCUUUGAAGGUAGUAAUGCAUCGGCUUAACAGCAAACGAUUAUGAAGCGAAGAUGACUAGAUUAUGGAUAAUAUUAUUGAUUAGGUUGUAUCGUGCGGUUGGGUGGCAUUAAAAUUAGCCAGAUGAAGUAGGAUUUGGGUGGUCGACGUUGUGUAACGGUGGAGGACUGUUGUAGGCAACCAAUUUCAAUGAAAUUAGAUGUAUCUAGCUGUGGUAUUGAUAUUUUGUUUAGUAAAAGCUAGCAAGUAUAUAAUGCUCUCUUUGGGUUUUUA